GAAAUAUAGUUCCCAAGCAGUUAAGGGAAAUUAAGCGAAGAGAAGUUUUUGACUGAAAGUCGUGUCAUAUAUAUACGCACAUUCGCAGUAAUUCUAGAUUGACUGCCGUGUUUAUAAAACGAGAGGAUCGUUGGCCAAAGGUUGUUGCUGUGCGGCGCAGUGAUACGGCGGCUGCGUGCGGCGUAGCGGAGCGGAGCGCCGCCAUUUUGUUUCCCCGAGGUCAGGCGGUGCUCGGGUGGCGGAUCUUGCUCGUCGGUUGUGAUUACCUGGCCCCGGUGAUUAGCGGCGGGGUUACUGGCCACGGUUGCUGGGGCGACCCCGGUGUGUGAGGCACCAUGACCCAGUUCCUGCCGCCGAACCUGCUGGCGCUGUUCGCGCCGCGGGACCCGGUGCCCUACCUGCCGCCGCUCGAGAAACUGCCGCAUGAGAAGCAGCACAGCCAGCCGUACUCGGGCAUCGCACGUUUUGUCCGCCACUUCGAGGACCCCAGAGAUGCCCCACCUCCAACCAGAGCCGAAACGCGUGAGGAACGCAUGGAAAGGAAGAGACGUGAGAAGAUUGAGAGAAGACAACAGGAAGUUGAAAAUGAGCUUAAAAUGUGGGAUCCGCAUAACGAUCCAAAUGCACAGGGUGAUGCUUUCAAGACACUGUUUGUUGCCAGAGUGAACUAUGACACAACAGAGUCCAAGUUGAGACGUGAAUUUGAAGUCUAUGGUCCUAUUAAAAGAAUCUACAUGGUAUAUAAUAAACGGACUGGAAAGCCCCGUGGUUACGCUUUUAUCGAAUAUGAACAUGAGCGAGAUAUGCAUUCUGCAUACAAACACGCAGAUGGCAAGAAGAUUGAUGGGAGGAGAGUUCUGGUUGAUGUGGAGAGAGGCCGCACUGUCAAAGGAUGGCGCCCAAGGAGGCUUGGUGGUGGGCUUGGGGGGACUCGCAGAGGUGGUGCAGAUGUUAAUAUUAAACAUUCAGGUCGUGAUGAUGCACCACGAUAUGAUGAGAGAGACAGAGAUCGAGAACGAGAUCGGGAUCGUCGUGAAUGCAGUGAGCGCAGCCGUGAAAGGGACAAAGAGCGUGAGCGGCGUAGAAGUCGUUCCAGAGAACGCCGGCGUCCCCGGUCACGCAGUCGAGAUAAGGAGGAGAGGAAGGGGCGUGGUAGCCGUGAGCGAAGCAGAGAGAAGGACAAGGAUAAGGAACGAGAUCGCAAGCGGCGCAGCCGUAGCCGUGACCGUAAGAGAGAGCGAGAUCGUGACAGGGAUAAAGAUAAGAAGGAAGAACGUACAGAUGUAGAACAGCCUGAGACAGGUGAUGGGCCCCAUAAUGACGCACAGCAAGUCGAUGCAGCUGGUGAGCCAGUUGAACCAAAGCCCGAUUCAGAAGAGAAGAAUAGGGAGCGAGGAGACAGGGAUAGAGAUCGGGAUAGGGAUAAGGAGAGAGAUAGAGACCGGGAUCGUGACCGUAGGCGGAGUCACAGGGACAGGGACAAGGAUCGAGACCGCGAUAGAAGGAGAGACAGGGACCGAGACCGUGAUAGAGAUCACAAGCGAGACAGAGACCGGGACAGGGAUAGAGAUAGGAAUAAGGAACCUGACAAGCUGCAAGACAAUGGGGCGCCAGAGCAAUACGAGGAAAGUAGCCUGGACUUGUAUAUUGACAUGGAGUCACAGCCUGCGGAAGGAUACAUGUUACCUGAAAAUGGGUAUCAAAUGGAGCCCCCUGCAGAGGGUUACUGAUGGGGCCUAUUCAAAGUGAACUUUUUAAAGUGGACCAAUAUUUUCAUUUUCCUGUUUAACAGAAAUCUGCAGCUUUUUUGUUGGUUUAUGCUGUAGUGAAGGAAGUUUUCUGCACGACGAGUACUCAUUUUUUUCUUAAGAUGGGUAAGUUUUAGUGACUAUAUAUAGAUGGUUUGAAAUCCUUCUCGAGCUUUGUGAAAUUCAGUUGGUGAAUGUUAUGAAAUUCCUUUUUAUGGUGUAAUACACAAUAAACCCAAUUCUAAAGCUG